GUAAGCUAGCUGUUGUUGUUCGAGCUUCCCAUACGAUUUAGAUAUCCUUUGAAAUGGAAAUUCUGUAUGAAUACAUGCAUUAGGUGCAGGUCGACAGUCGCUGCCUCGUAAUGCAAAAGUGAUAGCAGAAAUUAAUGGCUACCAAGAUCGAUUUAUUUCUCCUGAUAAACUUGGAAAUAAGCGAAAAUGUUCUAUUGCAACUACUCCUGCCAGUAAAAUUUCGGAACAGAUUGCCGCUCGGGUAUCCGAAUGUACUGAGAUUGAGAACGACGAGAACAUCCCUCCAGCAGGAGAUACCGUUGGACGUCGCCUACCCGCUAGAAUUUCGAAGCAUAUCUCUUCCACAGCCCAAGAAAAAUCCUCUAGGACUCCACUGAGAAUGAAGAUUAAAAAAACCGUACGCUCAGCCAAAGUAGCGUCAUUCAGCAUCAGAACGAAACAAGAAAAUACUAGAUACAGAUCACCAAAGUUAUCUAUAUCGAGUCGUGUUAUUAAAGCUGCUGAUGCUAAAUUAAUGCCGGUCGUUAUGCGCUUAAGAUCAGUCGUACCUCGUGCAGAUGGUACCGUCGAGUAUCGAACUGUCGGAUCAGUGGGUUUCUGCACGCAAUUUAUCCCACUACGCUUACAAAAACUAUUCCAGGGAAGUCCCUGGGCUUUGAAGCGUCCGCCUGCUCGCAUUGUAACCAAAAUGCCAGAAGUGAGACCCCUCACCAGUAAGAUUGAUUUCGCAGCAGAAGGUUCGGAGUCCUCAUCAAGCGAAGCUUGCUCAAGCGAUGAAAACGAACUUGACGAAGUUGUCUCUUCAGAUACCGAUGAUGAUAAAGUUAAAGUGAACAAAAGGCGGAAAUCGCUCGCUCCCCCGUGCGUGUCAUUUAAGGUAGCCAUUAAAUCUCUUGAAAAGAAGCGCAGUAGUAUCGCACUCAACCCAAGAAUGGCAGUGAAGAAGGUCGAAACACUUGAAGAUUUUCGCCGUCGCUUGCAUACCGCCCAAGUUCCUGAACGAAUGCCAUGCCGAGAAGCGGAAGCAUCAGAAGUUGAGCGUUUCAUACGCAAUGCAAUCUCAGUGCGAGGCACUAGCAGUGCAAUGUAUAUCAGUGGUGUUCCUGGGACGGGAAAAACGGCCACGGUAAUGUCGGUACGUGUUGUAAAGCAGCUUAUUCAAGAUAAAAAAACUAACAAAUUUUGUUUUGUUGCCGUGAAUGCUAUGGAGUACAUAGAACCGAAAAGAAUUUUUGUGGAAAUAUACAACCAGAUUACGGGAAACGUUGCUAGUAUCUCUCCCGCUGCUGCUCGGAGAAAGUUGAAUGCAAUGUUCGAAAUGGCGGACAAGUGUCGUCCAGCUGUCGUGAUCCUAAUAGAUGAAUUGGAUCAGCUUUGCACAAAAAAACAGGAGCUCAUAUAUGACAUUUUCAACUGGACCUCCGUUGAGUCGGCACGCGUCUCGGUGAUGGCCAUCGCUAACACUUUAGAUCUUCCAGAGCGUUUGCUGUCUCAACGAGUUACUAGUCGAAUUGGCGCCGCUCGUAUUUGCUUCCAACCUUAUGAGUUUCAAGAGAUUGAACGUAUCAUACAUGACCGCUUGAAAGAUUCCACGAACGCUAUAGAUGAAGCUGCAGUGCAGAUUGCGGCGAGAAAGAUGAGCUUUUUUAUUUCAAUCGCUUAG